GAGGGAGGAAAGAGAAGGUGCUGCCCACUUUGUGUCGGCGGACGGAAUCUACCGGCUUCCAGGAUGCCUUUAAGGUGCGGACAGAGCAGCCUGCAAGCGAGCGAGUGAGCCCCGGAGCGCCAAGUGGGCAGUGCGACAAGCGGGGGCGACCCUGGGGCGGCGGGCCGAGCCGGCAGGAGAGGUAUCCGUGGCGGCAGGAGCGGCAUUGAGGAAGGAGGAGAUAUCGAGCAGACCUCGGAAAGUAAGCAAUGAGUCGAAUGCUGUGUCUGCAUUCCCAAAGACGUAGCUUUUCAUCAGAGGGGGCAUCUUUGCUGCAGAGAAAUUGCUGUGGGCUCUGUAAAACCAAGCCUUAAACAACAUGACUCAGCUUGAUGUAUUACACGUGUUUAUCAUAGCUGGAGGGACUUUGGCCAUCCCCAUCCUAGCCUUCGUGGCUUCGUUUCUGCUGUGGCCCGGAAUACUGAUCAAAAUCUAUCAUUGGUACUGGCGUCGGAACCUGGGCUUGCACGUUUCCUACUCCUACUCUGAAGGCUAUCGGUUCUGCUAUUCCUACCGGGGCUCACCUACCACCUCACCUUCCCUUCUGAUGCUGCACGGCUUCUCCUCCAGUAAAGACAUGUGGCUUAAGGUAGUCAAGUUCCUUCCAAAGGACAUUCAUCUGGUCUGUCCUGACAUGCCUGGCCAUGAGGGUACCACCCGCUCUCCCUCAGAUGAUUUAUCAAUAGAUGGACAAGUCAAAAGGAUACACCAGUUUGUAGAAAGCAUCAAGCUGAACAAGAAGCCUUUCCACCUGGUGGGCACUUCCAUGGGGGGCCAAAUUGCAGGGGUGUAUGCUGCAUAUUAUCCAUCUGACAUCUGCAGUUUGACCCUAGUGUGUCCUGCUGGCCUGAAGAUCGUCCCCGAUAAUGACUUCAAAAAGCUUCUCAGGGAACUGGACGAAAAGCAAGCUUACGAUAAGAUCCCCUUAGUUCCUACCACUACAGAAGAAAUGGCAAAAAUGCUGAGCCUCUGCUCCUACGCCCAGUUCAACAUGCCUCAACAGCUUCUACAGGGUCUUAUUGAUGUUCGCCUUCCAAACAAUGAUUUCUACCGAAAAUUGUUUUUGGAAAUCACAAAUAAAAAGUCAAGAUACUGCCUCCACGAACAAAUGGAUAAGAUCCAAGCCCCAACACAGAUCAUCUGGGGGAAGCAAGAUAAGAUCCUGGAUGUGGCUGGAGCUGACAUAUUGGCCAAAGCAAUUCCCCAAAGUCAAACGGUACUUCUUGAGAACUGUGGGCAUUCUGUGGUGAUGGAGCGUCCCCGAAAAACGGCCAGCCUCCUUUUCGAUUUCUUAAGUUCUGUGUCCUGUUCAGACAACGAUAAGAAGCAAGACUGAGCUUCCUUUGGGAUCUAGCUCCUCCCUAGUGUCUGCUCAAAUUCCAGAAAUCCAACACUGUUCACUUCUCAGGGAUCCUGUACCAGACACACAGGUGAAGUGCCAAAGUCCCUGAAGAAACCAGAAUCAUUAUUAGUCUCGAUUAUUAGCAUUAUGGCGCUCUCCUUACCUAAGGGACCAGAGGAAUCCAAUUUUUUUUCCAAAAUGGAAAAUCAGGUGGAAUAAAAGAGAAAUUGAGCCAUGGACUAGGCAGAGAAGUCUUUACAUUCAUUUUCCUGACAACACAGGGACAGUUUUGUGCCAGCCAACCAAUAAUGGACUGCAAUCUUCAAGUUAUCAUCAAGUCCAAGAGACCUUCCUUACUGAUGGAGACUUCCAAUAUUUCUGUUAGAUCCUUUUGCCUUGCAUGACAAACUGUUGUGAUAGAAGACAUUCGCAAGUUCUGAACAUCCAGUGAAGCACUUACUCCUGCUUGUGUCUAAUUUGUUGAUGCUGUAUCCAGAGACUUAGACAGGAGAGCCAUUUAUUCAUUGAAGCACUGGGGAGAAGAAUAACUGUCUAAUCUAAAAUGUUUACAUUUGUUGGAGAGAGGAAAGGCAUUAAACUUGGGAUAAAGCUCUAAGGGUGCUGUCUUAGCAGUAGGCAUGUGUCAACAGUGAUGGCCCGUCUUUUUAGGAGUUUAGAAACAUCCCACCAUAGAACAGACAUUUGUUGGGGAAUGAAAACCCGGUUGCCAGCCAUGAACCCAGAAUCAUUCAUUUUUUAAAGAAUUGGGGCCUAAUUCAGUAAACAAAGCAAUAAUACUCUAGGUAAUAAUGUGAAUGAUCAAAUUAAGGUUCCAUCCUACACAAACAAGUGAUUUGCUUCUUUACCCUUGCUGCUAAAAAUCCUUGGAUGUAAAUAAUACAUUUAUAUUACUGAAUUCUAUGAAUUCUCUUCAUAGUCAUGGGAUCGAUGGCAAGGGUAAUAGCCAUAAAAUUUUCCUGAAAUAAAUCUGAAUUCGAUUGGGACCAUAUAGGUCAUUCUAUUUUUAAACUCCUAAGUGAGCUCAUGUGUUUGUUAAUGGGGGAAAAUAAUGAGUGUGUUUGUAGAAAAGCUGGGUGACCAGUCAGGGUGAUUUCUAAGUCUUGUUUUUGUAUCCCAUUUGUAAUUUGUAGCUGAUUGAAAUGAUAUAUUUGGAGUAAAGAACAAGCCUGGUCAAACCA